ACUAAGAAGAAGAGAAGAAAAACUCUCCCCAUCCCAACUCCCCAAGUUUCCAAAGUCCCCCAACUAUCACUCUCUCCCCACUUUUUCCAUUUUCCCUCUCAACAAAAUUAAAGAUUUUUAAAGCUUCCAUUUUUAUCACACACAGAGAGACUGAGAGACACAGCCUUUGACACCUUUCCAAGCUUCCCUUGAUCUUCUUUAAGACCCUCUGCCUGCCCAGAAUCUUUGACAGUCUUCCCACACUUUUUCAAUCACUGAAUUCAAGACUGACACUUUGAGAAACUUGCCUUAUGGAAAGCAAAAUCAAAUGAGCUCACCCUCCUUAUCAUCAUCAAUGUACUUCCACCUUCCCCAUCUUUUCCCCAUCCUUCACUCUACUCCCAAAUAUUCCUCAAAAUCUUGAAGAUCCCCCCAACUGGGUCGCCAUCAUUGCCCUCCGAGAUCAAAACCCAGAUACCGAUUACUCCCAUAUGUCUUUGCAGAACCGCCACGACUUGAUCGAGAGGCAAUGCAGCAAGAUCAGGAAGCGAGGCUGUUCGUCUUCGUCCUCGUCUUCCUUGGUGCGUAGGUACAGGUUGAAGCGGGCCAUUCUCGUCGGGAAGCGAGCCGGGUCGAGUACGCCGGUGCCAACUUGGAAGACUUCAACGAGCCCCAGAUCGCCGCCCAAUUGCGCCACCAUGCCGAAGAAGCAGAAGGGUCAGCAGCAUUCCAAGGACGACGGGAAAGGGAAGGAACUCAUGUCAGUCUCAGCAAGAAAGCUCGCCGCUACGUUGUGGGAGAUCAAUGAAGUCCCUGAUUUGAAAAGCAAAGAUUCUAAAAUCAAAGAGGAAGAGGGUAUUGCUCAAAUGCCGCCAAAAUUCCCAGAUCCAUCUUAUUCUCCUAUUUCAGAGAGAAAAGCUGGAUCUGGAGGUGGACACGAGAGAAGAUUGUCGGCUGUUUCUCAGAGAAUUCAACCGACUGAUCACUACUUGGGAGGGUUUGAGACUCAUAGCAGUCACAGUGUAAUUGAGGUCAAAGAUGAAUCAUAUGGAAAAACUGAUCGAAAAUGCAUUAAGACCUGUUUGAAGGAGGUCAGCAAUGGCCUUUCUACAUCCAAGGAGCUCGUAAAAGUUCUAACUCGUGUUUCUGGUCUUGAAGAGCAGCAGCAUUCUCUAAGUAUGCCCCUGCUCUCAGCCUUACGAGUUGAACUUGAUCGAGCGCGCGUCCAGGUUCAUCAAUUGAUCCGAGAACAGAGGUCAAACUGCAAAGAAAUUGAGUACCUCAUGAAGCAUUUUGCAGAAGAAAAGGCAGCCUGGAAAAGAAAGGAGCGAGAGAAAAUACGUGCUGCUGUAGCAUGCAUAGCAGAAGAACUUGAAGUAGAGAAGAAGCUGAGAAAACAAACAGAACGGUUGAACAAAAAGCUUGGCAAAGAACUGGAAGAUAAAAAUGUAGCUCUGUCAAAGGCAACAAAAGAACUUGAGAGGGAGAAGAGAGCAAAAGAGAUUUUUGAGCAAGUUUGUGAUGAGUUAGCUGUAGGUAUGGGGGAAGACAGGGCCCAAGUUGAAGAACUAAAGAGAGAGUCGGAAAAAGUUCGUGAAGAGGUGGAAAAGGAGAGGGAAAUGCUUCAGCUAGCAGAUGUGUUGCGCGAGGAGAGAGUUCAGAUGAAGCUCUCGGAAGCGAAGUACCAUUUUGAAGAAAAAAAUGCGGCUGUUGAGCAACUGAAGAAUGAGCUAGAGGGCUACUUGAGAUCCCAUAAGGGUGAAGGCAGUGGUGAGUCUCCAGACUUCAAAAGAAUCAAGGAACUUGAGGCCUACUUAAAGAAAAUAAAUUUUGGGUCAUUUCACAGCAUAAAGGAAGGAGACGAUGGAAUGGAAGUUGCAUACAGAGAAGAGUGUGAUGAAGAAGAUUCAGGUGAUGAUCUUCAUUCCAUUGAACUAAACAUGGACAAUGGUAAUAGGAGCUACAAGUGGAGUUAUGCUUGUGGAGAUGAUGCUGAAGAUGAUUCAAAAAGGAGUUCAGUUGAUAAACAAUUUAAAGGAAGAAGGUCUCUCUCUGAAAAGAUACAAUGGGAAAACAUAUGCUUAAACAAAAGUUCCACCGGCAUUGAUUGGGGAUUUGGCUCAAAAACUCAAGAACAUGCAGAUGGGCAUCAAAAACAAGAACACGAAACUGAAAUCAAGAAAAAUGGAUCUGCUGUAUGUCUCUUAGACCAUAUCUUAUAUGAUUCAAAAGUAUGACCAGUUCAAUGCUUUGCCACUACAACUUGCCAGUACCAAUGCUUGCCUAUGAAGGAUCCGCGAGAAUGAAAUCAUUUAAUGAGGAAGUUAUACGGCCUUGCCAGAGUGAUUCAAAGCCCUAGCUAACAUUAGAAGAUACCACUGCCAAGGUUAAGAACAUAAUUGUCUCAUAUGUUAUAUAAUUUCUCUGAGAAUGCUUCUCUUGUUUUCUUU